AUGCCUCAAUCUCAGCCUCACAUUUUCCUUCUAAAGCGAUUUUCUUUAUGUUUUCGUCUGCAGCCCACUGAAAUUUCUAUUGAAUUUUGAUCCAAGCUUAUCUCUGGCUUCAUCAAUGCUGGGAUUUCAUUUUGUUUAAAGGUGAUUGAGAUUAGCUCACCAUCAUCAAAAAUUUUACCUCGAUGUUUUCGUCCUCAUAAAAGACCUUCUCAGCAAGUUCGUCUUACUUUAAUUUCUUCAUCUUCCUGAUCUUCAUACCCAGAUUCUUGUUCAUUACCAAGCAAUUCAUCUACUUAG